CCGGCUUCUCCUGACGCCCCGGGGCACCCGCGUCCAGCAGCCAGAGAUGAGACCGCCAGGUGCGCCGCCGCCGCCUCCGCUGCUGCUGCUGCUUCCGUUAUUGCUGCUGGCGCCUUGCUGUCAAGCGGUCGGCAGGCAGCCGGAGCAGAUUCACCUGUCCUUCACCCGCGACAUCACUGCAGUGACGGUCACCUAUAGCACGGCCGACGAGUGGGAGACGGUGGUGCGGUACGGCCGGGCCCAGCUGGACUCACAGAAUACCGGUUUCUCGACACUUUUUGUGCAGGGGGCCGAUCACCACCAGCAGUACAUUCACCGCGUGAACCUGACGGGUCUGGAGCCCGGUGAGCAGUACUCGUACCAAGUGAGCGGUCCCGAAGGCUGGUCAGACGUCUUCCAGUUCACGGCCAUGAAGCCCGGCAUCGACUGGAGUCCACGGCUUGUCGUCUACGGCGAUCUCGGCUCCGUGAACGCUCGCUCGCUGCCGCAACUGGAGGAGGACACGCAGAAGGGCCUGUAUGACGCCGCGCUUCACGUGGGCGACUUCGCCUAUGACAUGGACAGCCAUCAGGGCGAGGUGAGCGACCAGUUCAUGCGGCAGAUCCAGCCCAUCGCCGCCCGUUUGCCGUACAUGACGUGCCCCGGCAACCACGAGCAGGCCGGCAACUUCUCCAAUUACAAGAACAGGUUCAGCAUGCCUGGAGAGGCGGAGAGCAUGUUCUUCAGCUUUGACAUGGGUCCCGUCCACUUUGUGGCCGUGUCCUCAGAGUUCUACUAUUAUACCAGCUAUGGCUAUGGACAGGCUGUCAACCAAAUCAACUGGAUGAAAGCAGAUUUGCGGAUGGCGAGCGAACCAUCGGCGCGCGCUCAGAGACCCUGGAUCGUGGUGUACGGCCACCGUCCCAUGUACUGCACCAACCUCAACCAGGACGACUGCACCAAGGCGCACGACCUUCUCAGGGUCGGCAUACCGGAGCGCAACAUCCCCGGCAUGGAGGACCUGUUGAUGGAGUACGGCGUCGACCUGGCCAUCUGGGCACACGAGCACUCGUACGAGCGGCUCUGGCCCAUUUACAACUACACCGUCUACAAAGGCACUGUUGACCAGCCGUACCUCAACCCCGGCGCCCCGGUACACAUCACCACCGGCUCGGCGGGCUGCGAUGAGAACCACAACCCGUUCUGGCCUUUCCGGGCGCCAUGGAGUGCCUUCCGCAGCAUCCACUAUGGCUACACGCGUAUGACGUUCCACAACGGCUCCCACAUGUCCAUGGAGCAGGUCUCGGUGGAUGGGACGGGCGGCGUCAUCGACUCCAUCGAUGUGGUGAAGGAGGUCCACCGGCCCUUCAGCCAGCUGACCAGGACACCGCGUGGCUAUCUGUAACCACCAGUCGGUACGAGAAGGCUCGGAUCGCUCUCACCUGGCGGUGGAGAGCCAAAGAAGAACGCAGACACGACUACGACGCUGUGGGUCCAUUCUGGAUGACGUGUAAACGGCGAGCGGAUUGUGCUAUGUACCUCGCAACGUACGUCUGUCAUUAAAA